CGUGCAAAGAUUUUGGAGAUUGUGGGGUUCCUGUCUACUCCACUUUCUGCCUAUAAAACGGCAGUGAGCAUGCCGUUACCCAGUUAUCUCGUGAGGAAGUUUGUUCGCUACAGGUGUCACGGACUUAAACCAUCGCAUUGACGCUCCAAUGGCUGGAGUACGACUAGGGUUUAACUUCGGUGUUUUAUUAUUGUUGCAGCUGCCAUUAUCGGUUACAAGUGUGACAGCGCCUAAAGUUGAAAUUAUUUCCAGUGCCCAAGACGUAGAGGUGGGAGUGAGACACCUGCUUCUCUGCAAAGCUGGUGCCGAUGGGAGGAUGACGUGGCAUAAGGACGGGGCGGAUGUAGACGAGGACCAGGUAGUGGUGGAAAACGUCGACGAGACUUCGUCGAAACUGAUCAUCGAGAAAGCCAGGAUCGAAGAUUCCGGGCUUUACUCCUGUAACGUCGAAUUUGAUAGCGGUGACGGGAAAGCCACUUACCAGCUCUUUGUCUACCAGAGGCCAAAGUUCGUCGCCACGCCGACGUACCACGAGUUCCUGGAGGGCCAGGACGCGGUGCUGCCCUGCGCCGCCGAGGGGCUGCCAGCCGUGGACGUGAAGUGGCGCAGAGCGUCUGAGGGUAGGGGUCUGGACAUCGCGGCGGCCGCGUCUGCCGUCCUGUGUGAGCGAAUCAGCAUGCUGCCGGACAACAGCCUGAAGAUCGCCAAAAUCGAGCGCAAGCAUCACGGCACCUACACCUGCGAAGCCUCCAUCCGCAACCGGCCUAUUUCCGAGCAGCUCCCCAUUUCUGUUGUGGUCAACGCACCCCCGACUGCUGAAAUCCACGAGAAGAAGAAAAAUGUCCUGGCAGGACCCAGAACCAACGUGUCCAUAUCCUGCCUGGUCAAUGGAUUUCCCACCCCAAAUAUCUCCUGGACCAGCCCCCCGCUGUCGGACGCCACCCGCUACCGGUUCAAUUCGGACAGGAGCGAGCUGAUCAUUCCCUCGGUGGUCCGGAGUGACUUCGGCGAGUACACGUGCGUCGCCGAAAACAAGAUCGGAGAGACCCGGGCCAGCUUCACGCUCGACGUCACGGUGCAUCCGGCAGUGUCCCUGAGCAAGGCUUCCCUGGAGGUGGAACCUGGGAGGACUGCCUCCAUGACGUGCGAAGCCUCCGGACACCCCCCUCCCAGAGUUCACUGGGUUCGCAAAGGCACCAACGUGGAACUGACCCCCAGCAGCGCCCGAGCGAAGGCCAAGGGCCCCACACUGGAGUUUGAGGCAGUCCAGCCCGCAGACGGUGGCCUGUACACCUGCGUGGGCCUCAGUGACGUUGGGAACGACACCGUGGACUUCAGCCUGGAGACCUGGCCGGGAGCUCCGUCCCAAAUUGGGGUGAGCCCCGGGCCCGCCUCGGCUCGCCUCUCCCUGGACGCCCCCCCAGUCAACGGGGGGACCCCCAUCACCCAGUACGUCCUGGAGUGGAGGAAGGAGAACGAGGGAAACAGGAGCCGGAGAGUGGUCCAGUCCGCCGAACCCCUGGUCCUGCCGGCCCUGGAGCCCUACACCUCCUACCUGGUCCGCCUCGCCGCCACAAACCGCCUGGGACAGGGGGGGUUCUCCAGCGAGCGCGCCGUCCGAACCCUGGCCAAGCGGGAGCCGGACAGACCCCUGCUGAUGGACAGCGAGGCCCAGGUGGAGAAGAACUCGGUCUCCGUUCCCAUCAUGCAGCAGGACAACGGCAGCGAGCCCGUCAUCCACUACGUCGUACGCUACUGGCCCGACAUGGAGGACGAGGCGUGGAAGGAGAUAGAGCUCCCGGCCAACGCCACGGCGAUCAAUCUGGCAGGACUGCAGUACAACACCAGCUACCACCUGGAGGUCCGGGCCAUCAACCCCAUGGGGUCCUCCCGCUCUGCCCACUUCAGCGUUUGGGUGCCUCAGGCCAGCGCUGUCCCAAAGACCGCAAUGGGCAAAGGAGCGGUGAUAGCCAUCGUCAUUUUGAUCUUCCUGCUGUUGUUGGUUGCCGUGGACGCGACCUGUUGCUAUGUCAACCGCUGCGGACUGCUGAUGUAUCUGGCUGUUAAGCUGCUGGGCGAAAAAGCGCCAGGGCUCAAGUCUGUAGAGGAAGGAGACGGGGACAACAUUGUAGACGUGAAGUUGAAUGGGUUAAGAGCUCAGAGAGGGAGCAUCCCAAAACAGCAGCAGCAGCAGCAGAAUGGGGCACAGAAUGGGGUGCAGAUGGAGGUCACGUGCGACAAAGCACCCCUCACCAAAUUCGAGAAAGCCUCGCCAGCUUCUGACCCAGCCACGGAGGACAGGAAGUGACAUCACCAGAUCACGACGCCCCCAAAAACACUGGUCCGGUAGGAAGAAGAGGCUGACCACAUCCGGGAUUAAACGGGGGGGGUGGAAAGGCGACGUUCUAUUUUGCGAUUACAGGGAGCGAUUGCGGUGCAAAUCGGGGAGAGUGAACCGCGUCUCUGUGUAAAAGCAGAGUGGGGGGAGGACGGUGAGGAGAAACGGGUCUGGCUGGUGUCACAGGUAGUUGGCACUUGGUUGAUGUGCACCCGUUAAAGAUCGACAACGAAUGAUUAGGGAUGAAUGAGGUGUAGCACCACCUCUUUGGACGAGCAGGGUUGACAUGGCACCUUGUAAUGCAUGUGUGUGUGUGUGUGUGUGUAAAGUUUUGGUAGAGUUACUACAGUAUGUGUCACUAUCCGUAAUUUAAAAACAUAAGAUACUCAUUUGGUUUUGCUUUUAAGAUAUCCAGUCGAUCCUCUGUAUAAAGAUCCUUUUAGGCAGCUAAAUGUCUUUCUGCAAUAGGCUGAAACAUUCAUCAGCAUUCUUGUAUUUUACCAAUGUAUUUUUGCAUUAUAUAUUUUUCUUCAGUAUUUCUACAUCAAAAUACAACAUUCACAAUGAGAAAUGUCUUGGUCAUGAGAAAAAUGUGUACAGAUGAGAAUGUGAGGCUGUGGAUUUUUUAAAUUUUAUUUUAUUUUUUGUUUGUUCUGUAUAUUUUAUGUAUAUACACACUAUUUACGAAUUCAAAUUUUGUUGUACAAAAUUAAUGGAAAUAAAUGGAACUACAGUGAAUUUUAAAUGUUUUCGAAACUUUAAUCUAUUUGCAUUCAUGCUUUUUCAGCUGUGCUGUUUCUUUGAAAUGUCCAGAAUACACUUGAUAUCAAAAGAUAUCAAUUAUCAGUCAAACUGCCAGAUUUGCUGAUAGGCAGAGCAAACUGUUGGAUCAACCUUCAUCAAAAUGUAUAACUCACAACCAGAUGAAACUUCAUUAAGUUACAACAAAUAUUCACGUCAAAUCUAAAGACGCGGUACAACUACCUUAACACGAUUAACAAAGGUUACAGGCAUGGACAGUCACACAAGAAAUGAAUGAAAGAAAAUAACAAAAUCACAUCGUGUUUGUCCCAAAGUAAUUUAAGGAUGUGCCAAGACCAAAAUUCAAAAACCUAAAGACAAGCAGAAUAUUCCAAAAAACCAGAUAUGAAAUGUAGAACGCCAGACCUAAAUGUAGAACUCAUUUACUUUUACACAUUACUGAAGAGUUGUGGCACACACUAACAUGAUUUAAGUUGGAGCCCUGACAUUAUGACCAAGAUUCCUAAUGGAGGAGCAUCAUUGGCUAAGAGGUGGGCCAAUGAGGAAAGAAAGUAUAUAAGCUGAGAGAAAUGCUGAGAAUAUUCCGUUUUUAUCCAGGAAGUGCCUCAGAAUGAUGAUGUGACUUUGGAAAAUGAUAUACUGUACCUCGGUACACUAUCGUAACUAAAUAAAUAAAAAGUGUAAUUUUUUCCCCA